AGUGAGACCGGGCUUUGGGUCAGAAACAAGAGCCCGAUGAACCAAUGAGUGUCUCCAUAAUUCUCCUCAGCGGUGUAUCAGUGUCGUGGGACGCAGGCUGUUGAAGUUACUCCGGCAGAGUUACAUUCCCAAUUGUGUCCUGUGAGCAUGACAACAAAGCAGCCAUGUGGACGAAAGGCUGAGGCUCCAGGCUCCUAACUCCUCUCUGUGCGGGUCAAUUAGACUGCAGUCUGCACUAUAAAGAUGACAUCUGCCACACCCCCUUCCUCUCGUAGCUCCUCUCCACAAAAAGUUUGCCAUUCACAGACGCAGACAGAUGUUUUAAAACCCUUACUAGGGGGUGGCAUAUCCAGUGGUGGUGGUUCUCUGAGGAAGAGGAGACGUGUCCUGUCCAAGGAUGGGCGAAGCAACGUGCGCAUCGAGCAUGUUAGCGGGCGGGGUGCUCUCUACAUGCGUGACCUCUGGACCACAUUUCUGGACAUGCAGUGGCGCUACAAGUUCUUCCUGUUCACUGCUACAUUUGCAGGGACCUGGUUCCUGUUUGGGGUGCUGUGGUACCUGGUGGCACUGGUCCAUGGAGACCUUCUGGAGUUUGACCCUCCAUCAAACCACACGCCCUGUGUGAUGCAGAUGCAGACCCUUACCGGGGCUUUCCUCUUCUCUCUGGAGUCCCAGACAACCAUUGGUUAUGGUUUUCGCUGCAUCACUGAGGAAUGCCCAGCAGCCAUAAUCCUCCUCAUAGUCCAACUGGUCAUCACCAUGCUCAUGGAAAUCUUCAUCACUGGUACCUUUCUGGCCAAGGUUGCACGGCCAAAGAAGCGUGGUGAGACAGUGAAGUUUAGCCAACACGCUGUGGUAUCAACCCACGAGGGCCGACCCUGCCUCAUGAUCCGGGUGGCCAACAUGCGCAAGAGUCUCCUGAUUGGAUGUCAGGUGACUGGAAAACUGCUCCAGACGUCUCUGACCAAGGAAGGGGAGACGGUUCGUCUGGAUCAGAGAAAUGUUCCCUUUCAAGUGGACACUUCCAGUGACAGCCCCUUCCUCAUCCUGCCCCUUACCUUCUACCAUGUCAUCGAUGACAGCAGUCCCUUGAGAGCCUGGGCAGCUAAGGGUGGUGGCUGGACAGACCCAGAACUGGCUGACUUUGAGCUGCUGGUGAUCAUGAGCGCCACAGUGGAGCCAACCUCUGCCACCUGCCAGGUUCGCACCUCCUACCUGCCAGACGAGAUCCUCUGGGGCUAUGAGUUUCCCCCCGUUGUUUCUCUGUCUCCAUCAGGGAAAUACGUAGCGGACUUUGCCUUCUUUGACAAAGUGGCCAAGACCAAGGCCACCCCCAUCUUUAAGCCAUCCAGCCCCCAGCACGGGUACCAGAGCAAUGGCGGUGGGACUGUACCUGAAGCGGCUGAUCCGGAGAAGAUCCGCCUGGAGCAGAGCUACAGGGAGCAGCGAGGAGAGGACCGCGGUCGGGUCAGGGACACUCCUCUGAGUGUUCGCAUCAGCAACGUGUGAAGAGUUUGGUUAACAAGAGGAUAUUUUUUAAAAGAGGAGAUUCUGAAUCAGUGAAACAUCAAAUCAAAACAGACUGGAAGAUUAAUUUUUUGGUCUGUUUUGAAGUUACAUCAAUUUAAGAAGAAUAUAAUGGAAACAGAAUACUACUGUAUGGUUCAAGGUUGUUAUCAACAUGUUUGCUGGGCUUAUAUAUGUGGCUACACUCACUUGACUGUAUUCAUAUGAAGGCAUAAUGUCAUGACUGCAGCUAUUCAUUUCUCAUGUGGUGCAAGCCCAUUCACCUCACAUACAUUGUAUGCAGUCUGUAACUAAAAAAUAAAAGAUCAGACUAUUUAUUCACACAUGAAAACAAACACAAAAAAAAAACUAUGAUACAAAUUAUAUAAAAAUCCAGUAAAGAGGGUGGAAACCUCAGUGGGCUUGUUUGGAUGCUUCAAAGAGUUCUAACCACCAAAUCACAUAACGGUGCGAGGCAGUGGUGUCAAAUUUUCCAAUAUUUCAAGUGUAGAGGAGUAUAAGGAGGGGGCUGGCUAUGACAAAGUGAGAUGGAAACACCCACCCUGUUUUUGCUUUUUAC